AUGGUAAAUCAUACAGUGAAUGAAACAUGUACAAAUUAUUUUGAGCAUGCCAGUGAUGUGGAAGAUAAUAUCAAUACGUUAACAUCAACGCAUACAAAUAUUACAGAGAAUAACAGAUCACUUGUUCUAUCGUCUACAUCAGACACUCUGAUGGCGCCUCCUUUACCUCCUCAUCAUCAUCAUUUUGGACAUAGUAAAUCCCUUUCAUCCUCAUCAAUAACAUCAACACCCGGGGGUGGUGGUUAUGGUGUUGACACUAUGAACGUGAAACGAUGUCAUGACACCACUAAUACUGUAACACGAUUUCGAAUCGAUUAUAAAGAAGCUUCACAGGUGAUCACAUCAGCUAUUGAUGCACAAGUCAAAUCUAUCAGUGAAAUGCUUUCAUACUUUUCAAAAUUAGUUAAAGCUGAAAAAACUGUACAACAAGCUCUAUCUGACUUAUUAAAUGAUCAGAAAGAAGCAACAGGAGAUCCUAGUGGUGGAGGUCAACGUCAAAAUGGUGGUGGUGGUGGCGGCGGCGGGAGUAUGCGAAAUUUUUUCCGUGGGAAUUCACGUCGACGUGGACGUAAUACACUAUCAGGAUGGAAUAAAAAUCUGGCCAAUGGUACGACUGAUGGAGAAUUAAGUAAACUUCUACACAAUUUAGUUAUAUCAACAAAUCAUCAAGCCCGAAUGUAUUCAACACGUGCAUUAUUCCACAAACUGAUUACAGCUGGUCAGUUGGAUAGUUUGAAUGCCUGUGAACAAUGCCUGAAACGUACUUAUAUGGAGUGUGAAGAAGAAUUAAAAUCACAAGCUCGUCAGUACACAUUGAGUUUAAAAGCUUAUGAAAAGAAAUAUAUGAAAUAUACUGGUCAAUUGUCUAAUUUACAAUCGAAAUUAACAAAUUUAUGCGAUAAACGUUUGACGAAUAAUCGUAGAGUUGUCGAUGGAUUGAUGAAUAAUUUAGAAUAUUCCACUAAAAAACUAAAUCUUCUACAUAAUGAAUAUUGUUUAGCUUUGUUGACGGCUAAUCAUUAUCAGCAAUGGUUAUAUACACAUUUACGUCCAUGUCUGCUGAAAGGUGUUGAGCGGACAAUGCAAUUAGCCUCAGAAGUUGUGUGGCAUCUGUUAGUUUUUGGCGGUGAAAAUAUUCACCAUUUCCAGUCGAAUUGGCUUAAAGAAUUUCAAUCCGAAUUGAGUCUGUCAAAUCUGUUGGAACAAAAUGGUGUUCAAUUUCCUGGACCUGUAAAUCAUUCAUUUAAUCCAUCGCUGAAUCAUCCAUCUAUUAGUGGAAAUAUUUCACCCGGUUCACUUAUUGUCAAUGAUUUAACUGGACAAUCAUUAAUUGAAUUAGCUCAAUUACACAAGAAUAAAGAACUUUUGCAUAGAGAAACAGUGAAUCAAAUGACCAAAGAAUGUUUACAAUGGGAAGAAGCUCUGUCACAAUGGCGGGCUGUAUUUGCUAAUCCUGGUCCUAAUCCAUGGUCAAAUUCAACUAACAUUCAACAUUCCUCGACAUUAACAACUACAAGAACAUCUACAGCUUCGUCUUUAGUGAAUUCAUCAAUAGAUGAUGCAUCGAAUGGUGGUUUCACUCUGGAUAAUCCUAUUCCAUUAACUCUACCUGAUAUACAAGAUCUUUGGCAUGAUGAUAGAGCUCGUCCAGUGAACCUCUGUGAAGUAUCAUUUCGUUUGGCGAUUUGUGAAUUUGAGUUAUGCUUUGCAACGUGUUUGGCUGACUCUGAAGCUCAGUUAGUCAGUGUAUUGACAGAUGCUCAAUGUCGUCUGAAUUGGUAUUCACUGAAGUUGUUAUCUGAUUCAACAAGUAGUACAACGAGUACAUUCUUACGUAAUCAUACCACUACUGAUAACUUCAAUGGUAGUAGUAGUAAUGGUGGUGAUGACAAUAAUAAUAAUAAUAAUGGUCAUGAUAAUCAUAUUAAUGAUAUUGACAUUCAAAAUGGUAAUGAUGGUGAUACCUGUGGUCAAUUGUUAAAUAAUCAUGACAACUCGACACCAGUCUGUGGUUUCAUUGAUUCAUCGUGUUCUCUGUAUCCUAAGUUAAUCGAUCAAACCUUGACAACUCCUCUGUCAACAUCGAAUACAUCAGAUUUAUCCUCUUCUAGCAUGGAACAACAACAACAACAACAACGUCCUGAACGUAAUCGUCUAUGGCAAAGUGUACGACAGUCAAUGUCAAAAUUUCGUUCACAUUUUAUACGAAAUAAUAAUAUCCGAUCGUCAACAAGUGCCCUAUUGAAUUCACGUAAUACAUCCUAUCAACAGCGUAUGCGUGAAACUUUAAUCACAAUACCUAUCGCUGAAAAUGGACAUAAAAAUGAUGAUGGCGAUAAUAAUAAUAAUAGUCAUGAUUCUCAUCAGACAUUUAAUACACUCCUGCAUAUACAGUCACCAUCAUAUGGGAAAUCUUCAUCGCCUUAUCCUAUGAAUCCUGUAAAUACUCUGAGUGAAAGUCAAAGACGAUUAGGCACAGAUACUCCAUCUUAUAAUCAAAAUAGACGAUUUAGUCAUCAAAAUAUUCAAACUCAUCGAGAAUCUCAAGAUUCGACAUCGAUACUAACCAGUUUCCCUUUAGUGAUUGAGUUUGAUGUCGAUAUCAACAAAGAACCCUGGUUUCAUGGUGUUUUGCCUAGAGCUGAAGUCGAACGCCUUUUACAAAAUCAAGGGGAUUUUCUUGUCCGUCAGACAAGUAAACGCGCUAGUGGUCGUGAUACACUUACAACCUGGAAUAACGUCGCCGGUGGUGGUGAUGUAUUCAACGGCGGUGGAAAUCAUCAUGAUGCAACGCUGAAUAAAGAUAUUCAUUCAUCUAAUGCAACUACUGUUCUACGUAUGGUCUUGUCAGUUUAUUGGCAUGGUCAUCGACAUUUUAUACUUUAUGGCGGUGGAAGUUCUGGUGAAGGUUGGCAUUUAGAAGAUGGUUAUUUUUCAACAAUCAGAGAAUUAGUCGAAUAUCAUAUGAAAACUCAAACUCCAGUGACAGCUAAAUCCGGCGCUUGUCUUAUUACUCCAAUAUCAAGACCUGAUUGGGAAUUAGACAAUCGUGAUGUAAAAUUGUUACAAAAAUUGGUCAGGGAAAUUUCGGUGAUGUCUACCGGGGUGUUUAUAAUGGCUGUGAAGUUGCUGUGA